AUGACUGUUAAUCACCACAGGCACACUCCUUAUCUACAGCAUGCCCAAGUCUCUUAUAAAACAGGAAUACUGGCUCACCCCUCUAACUCAAUUCUCCGGUCGAUUAUUCGCAUAGGUCUCCCAAGUAUAACUACCCCCCGGGAAGAAAGAUCAUCCCGAGAUGAAGGCAUUUUAAAACUUGUUCUAUAUCUGUUUAGAAAUGUGGUGAUUCUAGGCGCGACUCCAAAUCUAGCCGUUGAGGGAGAUGAAGAUGAGGCCUCGAGGUCAAUGACAAUCAAUGCAUUCCAUGACCAAGAUGUCUUUGCCCUGAUUCUUACAUUAUGUUCAAACAUCGGAGAAGAGUUUACCUUCCAGGACGUUAUUCUCCUCGAGAUAUUAUUUCAUCUUGUCAAGGGUGUUGACGUGCGACAGAUAUUUAUGGAUGAUAACCAACGGAGUGCAACGCGCAAGGAUGAGCUGAAGGGACUGAUGGCUGCAGAAAGCAAUUUAAAUCGUGAUCGCUUAAAGAAUGCCCCUACCCGUCAUGGUAGGUUUGGGACCAUGAUUUGGGUAAAACGAGACGCAGCGAAAGUGUCCUCUGUAUCAGGCCAAGACGUUCUGCUUAAUGACCAAGCGGCCUUUGAUAAAAUGGAUAAAACAAAAAAGUGGAACAAACCGAGAGGAAGACGGCCAGUGAUUGAUGAAACGUCAAACAAUUUCAAUGUGCAAGUUCACUUGACCUCGUCGGCCCUCAACUAUCUUCGACUUUUUGUUGAGGAGUUUCUUGAUUCAGGAUUCAAUCCCUUGAUGACUAGUAUACGAAAAGCUAUGGAACGAGAGUCCGAUCGUUUGAGUGAAUCUUCGUCUCGCCAUUUCUUUUUCGUCAGCUCUUGGUUUUUAAGCGCUGAACGUGCGCGGCGCGAACAACAAGAGAAGGCUCGCCGAAAUGCCACUGGUUCCGCGAGGGAUAUUGACCCUGACAGCUUUGCUUUAGUAGCAAGUGUUUUAAACCAGGAAACUUUUAUUGCCCUGAAUCGAUAUAUGCAAGCUAGCCUUGACAACAAAGAGUGGCAGGAUCUCAGUGCUGGAAUGCUGUCUUUCACACAGACAUUGCUUACGGUUCAAGAGAUGAGCAAAUCUUCUCUUGAGGAGGAUCAAGAAAUUGCUGAAAAUAUCCUCAGCCGCAUUUUCUAUGAAGAAUCAACACAUGAUAGAAUAUUGUCUACCCUCCGAGGUUAUAAAGGACAAGGAUUUUGGUAUCUUGAUGCCUGCACAGAGCUUGCUCAUGUCUUCCUACGCAUGCUAGAGCAAUAUUCGAAGCAAAACGUGGACAUGCAAGUCCGUUCUAAGCGAAUAUCAAGGCGGAAGAAGAAGGCACAAAACAAGGCUCAGGGAAACCAGGAGGACCAGGAGGGCGAAUUUGAUAACUCGGAAGAUGAAGAAGAAAAAGACAGAGCAGAAGCUGUUCGAAACGUUGCAGAGAGAUCGUUUGAUUUCAAGAGGUUUUGUAAUAAAUUUUGCACUCAGAACUCGGUCAACACGUUUGUUGCCCUGACGUCCUACUAUCGCGACUUGAAUACCGAACAGCUGAAACGAGCACACCGAUUCUUCUACAGAGUUGCAUUUAAACAAGAAUUGAGUGUGCUACUAUUUAGGUUGGACAUAAUCGCCCUUUUUACUAGGAUGAUUAAGGGACCGGAAGGGCUACUGUCGUCAAGCCCAGCGUUCGGAGAAUGGGAGGAACUUGUUCGUCAAAUUCUAAAAAAGAUGUUCAAAAAGAUUGAUGAGCGGCCAGAGCUCAUCACGGAACUACUGUUCAGCAAGAUUCCUGCCACAGUACACUAUUUGGAAUAUGGCCAAGAGAAGCAAACUGUGUCAGUAGCAUCCCGACCCGCUGCAGAACUGGAAGUGAAGCAAAAUUAUACUAGGACCGCCGAUGAAAAGAUCCGAAUCGUUGUGUCUGUCUUGGUUGCAGAUAACUGCGAGGAAUUGGUUCGGUGGUUAUGUGAGGUCCUUGAUAAUGCCCUCAAGGAUAGGAAGAGCUGGGAUCUCGCAGAUCUAGCACGGGGAAUACAAGAUGCUGCUGACAUUGCAGAUAUCGCACCUAGCACACCCACAAUAGAAGUCUCUGCCCCUGACGAGAAACGCAAAACGGCCUUGUUCAAAAAUGGCCGCUUACGUCUUCUUUUCACACUAGCCGGCCUAGAAUUGGUGGGCGAAGAUGUACUGGGCACCCCCUGGAGCAUCCCAGGCUCUAUUCCAUCUACAGAACUUGAGGAGACGCGCAACUCCAUUCAGAAACAUUGUGACGAUCCAGCCACUGAGAUUGACGGUGUUGACCCUCACAAACUCAUACUUCGGAAACGCAUAGCUGCCAAAUCCAUGAAUGACGAGGCUACAACCCAGGUUAACUUUGGCAAUGAUUCCGAGGGAGAGGAUCUGGGGCUUGAUGAAAUCCUCUUCCCUCCAAACCCCCGAUCAAAGUCAAAAGCAUUGAAGGAACUGAAGCAGAAAAGGCGUAAGAAGACAGACGCUGAUGAGGACAACCAGCUAGAUGAGGAGACUUUGAAUGCUCGACGACUUGCUCGUGAACAGAAUGCGCUGGAACGACAGAGGAAAAUCAAAAGCAGUCUCUUUGUCAAUGCCAGUGAUGAUGAAACUGAUGACGAAGCCGAUCAAGAAUUCUUUGCUCGAGAGGCGGAACGACGCAAGAGGCAGGCUCAGCUUGUGGAGGAGGCAAUGAAUAUCGAUGGUCUAGGUAGCACUGUGCUGGGCGAUGGUACCAAGAAGGCAACAAGUGGGAAACGAAAACAAGCCAUCUCAAGUGAGAGUGAUGGGGAAGACAUAGGUACUAGUCAGAGGAAGCGUGCAAGGAGUGAAGAUCUAGGUUCUGGAAACGAAGAGGAGGAUGAAUUAGGUGCUCCUCCUAGACGCAAGGUGCAGACGCCGCCCACGUCUACGGAGGACGACCUCAUACUUGAUGUGGGAGAGAAAGCAUCCGCUCCCGAUUUCCAGUGGGCAUCAACUGCAGUUGAUAGGCCAUCGAAACCUACGGCCACAAAUAAACAAAACAUUGAUGACGAUGACGAAGAUGAUGAACCCGUCACGACGACACGACCACGACGGCCGAAGAUGAUGGCUGGCUUUGUGGUUGACAGCGAUUCUGAGUAA